AUGAUAGAUCAUGUUAGGAUUGUCUCUGAUUUUUUUAAUAAUUCUCCAAAGAGGUUAGAAGAUCUAUCUACAAAAAUUGUUGAGCUAUAUCCGACAUCAUCCUUUCAAAAGACAAUAAAUGUUUGUAGAACCAGGUGGAUUGAAAGAAUUGAUGGUCUUGAAGCUUUUAUUGAAUUAUAUCCAGCUAUAAUUGCAUCUCUUACUUGUAUUAAAGAAGAUGAGACAUGGAACUACAAAUCCAGAGGUGAUGCUUCUGCAUAUGUGACAAUAUGUUGUUCGUUUAAGUUUAUCAUCACCUUAAUCAUAGUCAGGAAGUUAUUAGGGUAUACGAGAUCACUGACAAAAACGUUGCAAAAAGUUGAUCAAGACUUCUCAAAAGCUCGUGAUGAUGUGGAAAUUUUAAAAAACACUCUUUUAUCUAUUUGGAGCUCUAUUGAAACUUCACACUCAGAAUGGUAUAAAGAAGCUGUUACCAUAGCAGCAACUAAUUAUACCUUGCCAUCUAAACUAAGAACAUGUGGACAACAAACACAACGUGAUAAUCAUCAAGUAGAUGAUAUUAAAAAUUUAACAUUGCUAGAUAGUUUCGCCAUUAUACCAUCAAAUUUAAUCUCUGACAAGAAGUGGAGGAAAAAAGUAAAAGAAUUUGCUCAUACAUACAAUAAUGAUUUACCAGAACCAAUUUAUUUUUAUGCUGAAUUGGAUAUGUGGGAAGUAUACUGGAAAAAUCACUCUGAAACAGCUCCUAAAACUAUUUCAGAUUCACUACAAAAGUGUGAUGGCAAUACGUUUCCAAAUAUUUCUACUAUACUUCGAAUCCUUUUCACAGUACCAGUUACAACAUGUACUUGUGAAAGAUCAUUAUCAGCUCUGAAAAGAAUUAAAACUUCCUUGCGCAAUUCUAUGACAGAUAAUCGCCUAAAUGGCAUUUCCAUGUUGCACAUUCAUCGAAAUGUUGAAAUUGACUUAAACAUUGUUGUAGAUGAAUUUGCGACUGCAUUUCCACGAAGAAUUGAGUUUAAAAAAAUAUUGAACUCUGAUGGAUAG